UUUUCGUAUUUCCGUCUGCUAGUAAACAAUAAUAAACCAACAAGGCGCAACAGGUGUGCGUCUUCAGAAAGCAUCUACUUUUUUCUCGAAAAGAGCAACCGGUGACGAUCUUGAUUUCCCAUCAAUUGAAUCCCAGAAACAACACUGUUUUAGGUGUUUGGACACCAAACCCUGAAAAUGGAAAGUGACAUUUUGAGUUCACUGAAAGGCGGUUAUCCUCACUUGACCGAGAAAAUUCUGAAUCUGCUGGAUGCUUGCAGUUUGGCUAAUGCUGAGCUUGUGUGUAGACAGUGGAGAUCCUACAUUGCUGACGGAAGGUUUUGGAAAAAAUAUCUUCUGUCAAAAAAAGUCACUAGCAUUCCAAAUAUUUUCAGUUGGGCUGAAUAUUCUGGAGAUAAUGAGUCUGAAAGGCAACACACAAAACAAGACUGGAUGAAAAUCCACAAUUUUUAUCAGAAAUUAGAAGACAACUGGCGAUCGGCUUCUUGCAGACAGCAGAAAAUAGUGAAUUAUAAAGUCGAGUGCUUUUCCAUGAACACCAAGAAAAUAUUCACUGCCGGUUACGUUGAAAAUCAGUGGAAUAUAAAAACCUGGAACCGAAAAUCUCUUCAUUGCGAAAGGAAUUUCACAGACGGAGAAAAACUUCAAAUAGUCAGCAUGGAUUGCGACGAUGAUUUUCUUGUCACAAUGUCAAUCGACGAUUGGCAUCAUGAUCGGGGCGAUCAUUAUUAUGUUACGCCAGGUUACUAUCGGUUCGAUACGAUAGGUUUACCUAGCGUAUCUACCAUCUUUGUUCGUGAAUUACAAUCUGGAGAAGUGAUUCAAAAGAUUUUGGGCAAUUUUUCGCGAGUCGGUUCAUAUGAUAAUAUUUUCAAGAUCUGCGUUGGCCAUGGAUUGCUCAUCAGUCAUCAGGUUGUCGGUGAACUGCCAAACGAUCGUGUGAACCUAGGUGAGGAUGUUCUCAAAUCUCGUCUGGAUAUAUGGCGAAUGGCGAAUGCACGGGAAUUUGAAGCUAAAAGCACUGUGUGUCUUGUUCCCAUUUCCGAACUUAAUUUGUACUAUUAUCCAGUUCUCAUUGGCCAUGACGAAAAUUACAUCGUCGUUCACCGCAGCAACCCUCCUCGUUUUGAAAUCAUAUCGACAUCUUCUCUGAACCUCACCAGGACCAUCGACGCUUUCGAUGACUGUCGCAGUGCUAAGUACAAGGACGGAUUAAUUGUGUCGGGUUUCCCCCAGAGGGGCACUCGCGGACGCUCCUGCUGCAUCAUCAGGAUAUGGGACGCGGAAACGGGUUUGUGCUUGCGGGAAAUUCAAGAACCUGAUCCCAAACUAUAUGGUAAUGGAUAUCAUCAUCUAGUUGGAUUCACCACCAAUUAUCUAAUCACUGUACCGGACCUGUCAAUGUUCAAGAAACGAGUGAUCAAAAUCCGAGAUCUCAGCGCUGCCAUAGACUUGCACAGCAAUCAGACGUCCGCAUCGACUGUCCUUGCAACUCUUAAACGGGAUUUGGAUAAAUCGCGGUGCGAUUGUUUCAUAGUUGACGAUUUCCAGCUCGUUUAUUUUCAUGAACAAGAAUUUGUCGUGUACAGUUUUGCCCCACAAGUUUAACGAGUGGAUUGCAGCGUUCCUAAAAUACCCUUCAAAUGUUACUGUUGGCGAUCCAUAACAUGAGCUAUUUUGUUUUGUUUUUUUCACUAUUGGUGUUGUUGAACAUUGAUUAAAAAUUUGUGGGACACAGUUUCGCCCCCGCACAGUA